AUGCUGCGCCGGUGCAUGCGGGAUCUGCGCCCGCUGCGGUCUCUCGCGAGGGUCCCCAGACCGAUCUCCGGCGAGAGUCCAACAUUCCUUAAAUCUAGAAGCAACUCGACAAAGGCAUCUCCAAAGAGUUCUACACAGAAUGCUGCCCCAGGUCCUCGAGGACAACCUUCUCAGUCGGGAAGUAAUGUUUCAAAGCUUGUUCUUGGGACUCUUGUGGUUGGUGCAGCAGCAAUGGGUGCACAUCAACUUGGUUAUAUAGAUCUUCAAUUUAAGGACAAGAAAUUGCCUUUUAGCUUAAAGAAGGAAGAUGCUGUAAAUGUGUAUGAAGAUCUGAAGGUUCCUUCUGAACAGAAGGUUGACCAGACACAAAACGUGUCAGGACCAAACACUGAGAUUGUUCAAGAGGGUAAUAAUGAGGCUAAUACUCCAAAGGAUGUUCGAAAUGACGGGGUGGGGGCACCAGAGGUUCCAACCAAUGGGGAUCAGCCUGUUCCUGCAGAGGAAAAGAAAUCAGAAACCCUAUCCCAUGAGACACAUCCAGUUCCAGAUGAACAUGGAUCUGAUACUAAAAUGCCAUCUGAAGAUUCUCCAGCAGUUGAGCUAAAGACAGUUCCCAUCGAUGAUAAUGAAUCUGGUGAAGUUCCUCAUGAACAGCAAACUGAUAAGAUAGACAGCACAGUUCCUCCUGUACAGUCAACCCCAACAACAGUUAGUACUUAUGAUCACCCCACAGAUCCAGAUGGACCAAAGGAUCUCACUGGAGCUGUUGCUGUUGAACAGAAAUCUCUUGCUGAGACAUAUUUACUGCAAGAUGAACCUGAUGUUUCAAAAGAUGCAACCAUUAAGGAGAAAAGAAGUGAUGAAGUUGUUCGUGAAAAAACUUCUGAAGAUGGUAAGAUUGUACUUGAUAUCAUUGAGGCUAUUCAUGCUGCCGAAAAGAAGCAGGCAGAUGUAGAUGCAUACAUGUAUUCAGAAGAGAGAAGAAAGUUGAAGGAGAAGUAUGAAAAGGAGCUGAAAGACACCAGGGCCAGGGAACUAAUGUAUGCAGAGGAGGCAGCAAUUCUCGACAAGGAGCUGAAGAAAGAGAAACUGAAGAAUGCUGCUGCAAUAAAGGAACUGCAAGAAAAGGCUGAACAAAAAUUGCAGGAUGAGCUGCAGAGGAAGGAUGAAGAAACAAGCCAACAAGUUGAGAAGGCUCAAGAGAUAGCAAAAGCUGAACUGGCUGCAGCUAUUGCAAAAGAGAAAGCAUCCCAGAUUGAACAGAUCGCUGAAGCAAACCUCAAUUUUAACUCCUUGAAGGAAACUAUCAGACAUUUCAGCCUUCUACCAGCAGGUGGUGGUGGAAUCCUGGCACAUGCUGUUGCUCGUGUUGCUUCUUCAAUCAAGAUUAAAGGCGAUAACUCUGGAGAUGGCAUUGAGUCUCUUAUAAACAAAGUAGAAAGCUUGAUUGUGGAUGGAGACUUGAGUGCAGCAGCUGAUGCCUUGGAGCAAGGGUUACAUGGAACUGAAGCAGAGGAGAUAGCUACCGAGUGGGUGAAGCAAGCCAGGAAGCGGGCCAUUGCGGAGCAGACACUUGCGCUCCUUCACGCUUGUGCUUCUUCGACCACGUUCUCAUGA